CCGCGGUUGGGAUUACGCUCUCCGAGGCCUGCUGUCUUGGGGCGGCUGCAGGCCAAAGACACAGCAACGACCAGGACCGGAGGAGCUCUAGGCCAAAGGGGUGAGCCAGCCAGGAUCCCGGGACCCUUCAUCGCCUGAGGCCAGCGAGAGGAAAUGAAACAGGCGGGAACUGGCGGGGGAGGGAGGGUACUAGCGGAAGGUGUCAUGGCGGCCGCACGGUGGGUCACGUGCCCCCGAAGGCCCGCCUUGGUACUUCCCGUCACGUGCCCACAGAGUUCUCGCAGCCAGCGAUGGAGGCGAGACCCCCCAGUAACAGAGGCGGUGGCGACAGCGGCGGCUGUUGGGUUUCAGCCUCUUUCCGGCAGUGUUUCUAAGAAGCGCAGCGGAACUCGACCCAACCCAGCCUUGUUAUUUACUCUCUGCCCAAGACCGUAGCUCCCACCUGCACCUUCUAGCCAUCAUGGCAACUUCAUCUGAAGAAGUUUUGCUGAUUGUGAAGAAGGUGCGUCAAAAGAAGCAAGAUGGAGCUCUGUACCUCAUGGCAGAAAGAAUUGCUUGGGCACCUGAAGGCAAAGAUAGAUUUACAAUCAGCCAUAUGUAUGCGGAUAUUAAAUGCCAGAAAAUAAGUCCAGAAGGAAAAGCUAAAAUUCAACUUCAGCUGGUCCUACAUGCAGGGGACACAACUAACUUCCAUUUUUCCAAUGAAAGCACAGCAGUGAAAGAACGAGAUGCAGUUAAAGACCUUCUACAACAGCUGCUGCCCAAAUUCAAAAGGAAAGCAAAUAAGGAACUGGAAGAGAAAAACAGAAUGCUGCAAGAAGAUCCUGUUUUGUUUCAGCUUUACAAAGAUCUUGUCGUGAGUCAAGUGAUCAGUGCUGAGGAAUUCUGGGCCAAUCGUUUAUGUGUGAAUGCAACAGAGAGUUCUUCCACAUCCAAUCAUAAGCAGGAUGUUGGUAUUUCUGCAGCAUUUCUGGCUGAUGUCCGGCCCCAAACAGAUGGAUGUAAUGGUCUGAGAUACAAUUUAACCUCUGAUAUCAUUGAGUCCAUAUUUAGGACCUAUCCAGCUGUAAAAAUGAAAUAUGCAGAAAAUGUUCCCCACAACAUGACAGAAAAAGAAUUCUGGACACGUUUUUUCCAGUCACAUUAUUUCCACAGGGAUCGGCUAAAUACAGGGUCAAAGGACCUCUUUGCAGAAUGUGCCAAAAUAGAUGAAAAAGGGUUAAAAACAAUGGUUUCGUUAGGAGUGAAAAACCCACUACUUGAUUUGACAGCUUUGGAAGAUAAACCAUUAGAUGAGGGCUAUGGCAUUUCCUCUGUGCCAUCUACUUCUAAUUCUAAAUCCAUGAAAGAGAAUAGUAAUGCUGCCAUCAUCAAGAGAUUUAACCAUCACAGUGCCAUGGUCCUGGCAGCAGGUCUCAGGAAACAAGAAGCACAAAAUGAACAAAAUGGUGAGCCCAGCAGCACUGAUGGAAAUUCCGGAGAUGCAGACUGCUUUCAGCCAGCAGUCAAAAGGGCGAAGUUACAAGAGUCCAUUGAGUAUGAAGACUUGGGAAAAAAUAAUUCCAUAAAAACAAUUGCACUGAACCUCAAGAAGUCAGAUAGGUAUUAUCAUGGUCCAACUCCAAUCCAGUCACUACAGUAUGCAACAAGUCAGGACAUUAUUAAUUCUUUUCAAAGCAUUAGACAAGAAAUGGAAGCUUAUACACCCAAAUUAACUCAGGUUCUCUCAAGUAGUGCUGCCAGUAGCACCGUCACAGCACUGUCACCUGGAGGAGCGCUUAUGCAGGGAGGGACACAGCGAGCCAUAAACCAGAUGGUGCCAAGUGAUAUUCAGUCUGAAUUGAAACACCUGUAUGUGGCUGUUGGGGAACUUUUACGGCACUUCUGGUCCUGCUUUCCUGUUAACACACCAUUCCUAGAAGAAAAGGUAGUGAAAAUGAAGAGUAAUUUGGAACGAUUUCAAGUUACAAAGCUCUGCCCAUUCCAAGAAAAAAUUCGGAGACAGUAUUUAAGCACAAAUUUGGUAAGUCACAUAGAAGAGAUGCUCCAGACGGCCUACAACAAGCUGCAUACAUGGCAGUCACGGCGUCUGCUGAAGAAAACGUGAAGUGUCUGUGGCUCUCACAGGUUUUGUGAGAUUGAGAGAACUGUGACCUGCAUUGACUCUGGAAACAUGGCCUGACAGACAUGCCGACGAUCUCACAGAAGUGACAAGAAACAUCUGCACCACGCCGUCUCUCGGAGCUGAUGUGUUGAACUUGCACAUUAUGAACUGAAAGGAAAGGAGCUGUGAUUAAACUAAAACCUGGGGAGGUAAAUUAAAGCAGAACCAAAAUGAGCUAAGUUACUAUAUAUAUGUGUGUGUGUGUGUGUGUGUGUGUACACACACACACACACACAUAUAUUUUUGUAAAAGAAACUGUUUACUGCAGUUACUCAGGAACUGCUUUUGAUUAACAUUAAGCUGCUUUCAGAAAUUUAAAAAAAACAAUACUUUUUAAAAGGGUGCAUUGAUAAAAUCUGAGGUUUUUGUUUUUCUGUGUAAAUUUUUUUUUGCUAUGUUUAUGGCACAGGGUACACCUUAAGUAUUUCUCCUCCAUUCUCCACAUGGAUCCUCAAGUUUUACUGAAUUCUAGUUGUACUUUAUUUACAUCAGCAAGUUAAAGAGAGUACUUUAAAAUAAAGCAGAGGAAGACUGUUGCUCAACCACCAGGAAACAGUUGUAGUCAGAAGACAUCAUUGGUCCUGUGUUUCCUACGGAAAUAAGAAAAAAGUAAAUGUUGCACUGAAUGUUUGUGGUUUUGAGUCCCUAAGUGAUAAAGAGGGAACAUACUUGCAGAAAGUCGUGUGUGGGAUUUUUAUGCAGUAUUUUGUCAGAAGACAAUGGCACUGCAUGUUUUUCUUUGAGUGCAAAUGUACAUUGCUAAGAUUUUUUUUUUAAAGAUGGCAUGUGCUUUGAGAAGAGGAAAUUGCAUUUUUAAGAAUUUAAAAAUCUUAUGAGUGAGAAAUAUAAGAAAUCUUACUUAUUUUCACCUCUUUAGAAAACAAUAAAAGAUGUUUCUCAUACCUCCUUUUCUCUGUAUCUGACUGCUACUGUCCUGGGCGAAUCAAUAAUCAUUGCGUAGUGACUGGAAACCUGAAUGCAAAAAAAGCAUAUGUUCUUGUUUCUGGCAUCUGCGCCAUAUUGUAUUCUGAAGGGAUCAACUCACUGUUCUCAAAAGGCUUUUGGUGUCGUGUAUUAAAAAAUCACAGAAAAAAGUAAAA